AUGAGGUUCCGAACGCAGGUGGCGGAUGUCUCGAUCUUUACGCGCGUGGUGCAGUCGAUUGGAAAGGUGGCCAACAAGUGCAUACUCAAGCUCACUCCAGACAAGAUCCACAUCAUCUGCCUCGGCGACACGGACGGUACGCAGAUCUGGGCCCAGAUGCAGGUCGAUUCCAUCUUCCAAGAUUAUCGCAUCGAGUCCAACUUCCAGAACCACAUCAACCUCGAAGUGUCGCCAGACACGCUGCUCAAAGCACUCAGGUCGGCCAACAACGCCUACAGCGUCAUCCUGCGGCUUGCCAAGCGCAACAAGGACCCGCUUCUCAGCUUUUCCAUCUCGGCGCAGAGUCACACGGGCGCCAAGCUCGAAGUCGUGCAGGAUGUCCUCAUUAAGGUACUCAAACCAGCAGAGAUGAGUCGAAUUGUAGAACCGCUCUGUCCGGAACCGGACGUGCACAUCAUCCUGCCCAAGCUGCUCAACCUUCGUACAGUGGCAGACCACAUGCGCUCGCUCUCGGAUGUCGUCACGCUAUCAGCCAACCGUCAAGGCGAGUUGCGAUUGUCGGUGGUCGAAGACGAAGUUAGCCUCGACACUACCUGGUCGGGUCUCGCGCAUCCCACCAUCGACGCCUCGCAAUCGAGCACGGCGCAGAAUCAGCAGAGCGAUCCGUCGGAACACAAGAGCGUGAAUCUCGAGAUGAAGUCAUUGCUCAAAUUCCUAUCGAGCUACAUCGUGGCUACCACCACCAUCGCCUGCAUCUGCGCCAACCACUGCGCCAUCUUUUACGUCUACAUCGGCGACGUUGAAAAGAGCAGCGGUGUCAUGACCUUCUUCCUUCCAGGUGUCGUUCGGGAGGAUUGA